CCUCCUUAUACGGAGCUUUCUCGCCUCUCUUCGGUUACUUGUAGGUUAAAUUAGUUAGUCUUUUUCCACGCAAAGUUUAGCCCGUAUCUGCCGGGACACCGCCCUGCGGAGCUCAGCAUGGGCACCGUCCAUGCCAGGAGCCUGGACCCUCUGCCCAUGCGAGGACCAGAGCUUGGAGUUCAAGCUGACGACAUUGAGGCUCCAGAGAUUGAGCAUGAGCCAAAGCAAGAGGUUCUUGAAAAUAAGGAUGUUGUAGUUCAGCGAGUGCACAUAGAUGGGCUCGGAAGAACCAAGGAGGACCUGUUAACUUACGAAAUCUCAGAAGUGUUCCGGGCAAGGAACUUGAUUGAUGUGAUGCGAAAGUCUCACGAGGCCCGACAGAAGCUGCUGCGUCUCGGUAUCUUCAGGAAAGUCGAAGUUGUUAUUGACACGUCACGAGGCGAGGAUGCUCUUCCUAACGGCCUCGACGUGACAUUUGAAGUCACGGAGUUGAGACGGAUGACGGGCAGCUACAACACCAUGGUUGGAAACAAUGAAGGAAGCAUGGUACUGGGCCUGAAGUUACCCAAUGUAUUUGGCCGGGCAGAGAAAAUGACCUUCCAGUUCUCCUACGGCACCAAAGAGACAUCCUACGGCCUGUCCUUCUUCAAACCCCAACCAGGACACUUUGAACGCAAUAUCUCACUCAACGUGUACAAAGUAACAGGUCAGUUUCCAUGGAGUUCACUGAGGGAGACAGAUCGAGGCGUCUCUGCAGAACUGAGUUUCCCUGUGUGGAAGACCAACCAAACCCUGAAGUGGGAGGGAGUGUGGAGAGAGCUGGGCUGUCUGGCUCGCACUGCCUCGUUUGCCGUCCGGGAGGAGAGCGGACAUUCCCUCAAGUCUUCACUUUCGCAUGCUAUGGUCAUCGACACCAGAAACUCCUCCAUCCUUCCCAGGAAAGGUGGCCUGUUGAAGAUCCAUCAGGAACUUGCUGGUUACACUGGGGGAGAUGCCAGUUUCCUGAAGGAGGACUUUGAGAUCCAGCUCAACAAAACACUCUUCUGGGACUCGGUCCUUUCUGCCUCACUGUGGGGUGGUUUGCUCCUUCCCAUCGGUGACAAGCAAACAAGCAUAGCAGACAGGUUCUAUCUAGGUGGCCCCACCAGUAUCAGGGGGUUCAGUAUGUACAGUAUGGGCCCACAGAGUGAAGGUAUGGCAGGCGACUACCUGGGAGGAGAGGGCUACUGGGCUGGAGGCCUCCACCUGUACACGCCUCUACCUUUCAGACCAGGCAGGGGAGGCUUUGGUGACCUCUUCAGAACACACUUCUUCCUCAAUGCCGGAAACCUUUGUAACCUCAACUAUGGUGAGGGGCCACAAGCACAUUUGAAGAAACUGGCAGAAUGCAUCCGUUGGUCAUAUGGACUGGGCAUUGUGCUGCGUUUGGGGAACAUUGCCAGACUGGAGCUGAAUUACUGCAUUCCCAUGGGAGUCCAGAGUGGAGACAGGAUAUGUGACGGGGUCCAGUUUGGAGCAGGAAUCAGAUUCCUAUGAAAACAAAUUUCUUGGAUCUAGAGCUUCCUUGUGCUUCAACAUUGUAUGCCAGAAACAUUUAAUUGAAAGGGGAAAUUGCUUGUACAGAACUGUUGUUGCGACUAAUUAAUUCAGUAAAAGUGUUUG